GGCGGUGUUGUUGGGUCUCGUUGGUGCGAGCGGGACUAGGCUGCGAAAGGCAAACGAUGGGAGGGGUAAUAGGGAGAGUUGGCGGCGGAAGGCAAACGAUGGGAGAGGUAACAGGGAGAGUUGGGGGCGCUCGAGUGGUUGCGUAUAACAGCGCAACGGGGCGGACUAGUCUUCCCCUAAAGCAGUCGUCGGGAUCGGGAGCGCGGGAAGGAGGAGUUUACCCCAAGAUCUUUCCUUUGAAGCUGCAAGUGAGGUGCGUGGCUAUGGCAGAUUUUGACAAUCAACGGGGUUUGCCGCCAUCGCCGUUCUCUCCUCUGAAGCUGCAAGCUAGAUCUCUGUCUUCUUCUUCUUCUUCUUCUUCUUCUUCGUCGUCGUCGUCGUCGUCGUCGGCAUUCUCCUUCAGGUCCCCUUCCGAUUCUUCUUCUUCUUCUUCUCGUCCUCUAUCUCCUCUCUCUUCUCCGCCCCUCCCUCCUUGUCCUCAUCCUCCUCCUGCUUUUUCUUCUUCUUCUUCUUCUUCUUGUUCUUCUGGUUCUCCUCCCCCUCCUUCGGCGACUCCUUUGUCUCCUGCUCCGAGUCCGAGCUCGGCUAUGGCGCCUCUGUCCCGAAGUGAAGACUUUGAGCAGCAGCGGCAGUGGAAGACAGCUUGGGAGAGGAGGAGGGGUGGUAGGAGUGGAGGUGGUGGGGAGGAGGAGGAGAUUGGAACGAGAAUGGCAGGAGUUUGGAAGGAAUCGGCGGCCGCCGCCGAGUCGAGCAGCACCAUGGGCUCUGAAGGAAGCGGCGGCUAUGGCGUCCGAGGAGGUGAUGUGCGAGGGGAGAGAGGCGGAGAGAAGACGAUGGCGAUGGUGCGUGGAGGUGGUGAUGCUGACGUGGAUUGGCAGGAGCAGAGGCAGCAGGUCAGAGAGCAAGAAGCUAUGGCGCGCAGGAUUCGAGGAAAAGCGGUGCCAGUCUCUUCUGUCGUAUCCUCCGACUUUUAUGUACCUGUCAAGGCCUACUACAUCGCACGAAGGUUAGCGGAUUAUGGUGUAGUCGUGAGGCCAGGGCUGGCCGGAUGGAGCGAGGGAGGCCAAGACCAUAUAAUGCUCAAGCACCUCGAUGUCAAUAACAUCCGCGUCAUAUCCAGCAUUCUCGGUCAAAGUACAGCGCUAGAUCACUAUGGUGCAAAGGUGACACUGAUGUUGAAGAUUUUUAACACCCUCAACUCAGAGAUGGAAAAGACUGGCGACUUCACAAUGAAGAGGAGGAAUUUGUUCCAACUUGUGGCGUCUGCAAACACGACACUUGCCGAUGUGAUUAUCCGUCUUGGUUUGUUGGAGAGGGUGAUGACCGAGUAUGGAGUGCAUCAUUUAGGACUGGACUACACAGAUGCUCAUCACAGCAAGAAAGAUUCUCAUCAGUCUGACACUGCAUGGAAGCAUGCGCAUUACGCGAAGAUUUGGGAGUACUUGCGCGACGAGUUUGAAUUGGAUGAAAGAUUUGAGAGUCUCGACUUCAAGCUGAACAUUAUCCAGCACAAUGUCCGCUUUUUCUUGGAUAUUCUUCAAAACCGCAAGUCUGACACAUUGGAGUGGAUCAUCAUUUUGCUUAUCACCGGGGAGAUUUGUUUAGGCCUCUAUGAAAUUUUCAACAAGCUGUGAAUUGUGUAACUUCUGCUUCCUCGUCCUCGUGCCGAGUCAUACGGAGUCAUACGGGCCCUUUAUGGGCCCAUGUGUCUUCCCUCCCCUUCAUCUUUAUCCCCUUCCUCUCUAUGCCCCACACUUUAUGUAUGAUGCCAAUCUCAGGAGGUGCAUGCUUCCCUCUUUGCACGGAAUCGAUAGGUCCCUGUUGUUUUGAUUGCUUGAUUGCUUCGCUUGGCUUGGCUUGGCUUGGCCUUGCUCGGCUCGGCUCAGCUCGGCUUGACACGGCUCAGCUCGGCUGAGCUCGGCUCG